AGUUCAAACUCCCAGGGAUGUUUAGUGUGCAAAUGGUUGUUCUAGCAAUAACGUUUAGAAAAUAAUUUCAAAAUGUCUUCGCAUGGUAAAGAAGAACCAAAAAAAGAAUUACCUCAAAUUAUAACUGAUACUACUUCUGGUAGAACUUAUUAUCGUGGAAAGUUUCUCGGAAAGGGAGGCUUCGCAAAAUGUUACGAGCUCACAGAAUCCGUGUCCAAGACAGUUUAUGCGGGCAAGAUUGUAUCAAAGUCUUUGUUGCUCAAGCCCCACCAAAAAGAGAAAAUGAGUCAGGAGAUUGCCAUCCAUCGCAGUCUCAAUCACCAGCACAUUGUGGGCUUUCAUUGCUUCUUUGAAGACCAAGAUAACGUUUAUGUUAUUCUGGAACUCUGCAAGAGAAGAUCACUGAUGGAACUGCACAAGCGUCGCAAGGCACUCACAGAGCCUGAGACCCGAUACUUUAUGCGUCACCUGCUGCACGGCGUGAAACACUUGCAUGACAAGCGUGUCAUACACAGGGACCUCAAGCUUGGCAAUCUCUUCCUUAAUGAUGACAUGCAGGUAAAAAUAGGAGAUUUUGGCCUGGCGACUCGAGUUGACUUUGACGGUGAGCGCAAGAAGACGCUGUGUGGCACGCCAAACUACAUCGCUCCUGAGAUCCUUAAUAAGAAGGGCCACAGCUUUGAGGUCGACAUAUGGUCCAUGGGCUGUAUACUGUAUACACUGCUGGUCGGCAAGCCCCCGUUCGAGACACAGACACUGAAGGAUACGUACCAGCGUAUCAAGAAGAACGAGUACCACGUACCGUCUCGUGUCUCGCCCUCCGCUAAGAGUCUCAUACAGAGAUUGCUGCAUGCCGACCCAAGCCUCAGACCUUCUGCCCAACAGAUCCUUGAUGAUGAAUUUAUGGUCUCAGGCUACAUUCCUACGCGCCUGCCCACGUCUUGCCUGACGAUGGCUCCUCGGUUUGACGCGCGCCAUAACGUGCCUACGAGGAAGCCUCUCAUCGAGCUCAACACUAAAGGUAGGAACAUCCACUACAUUGAGCGGAACUUGACGGAACACUACCACACUCUCACCGUCUUCCCGCAAUCCCUCUACAAAAAGGUAACUCUGCUGCGGUAUUUCCGUAACUACAUGAACGAGCAUCUACUGAAGGCGGGCGCUGCGAUGUGUCCUCGUGAGGGCGACGAGCUCGCCAGGAUCCCCUCUCUCAGGACCUACUUCAGGACACGCUCCGCCAUCGUCCUGCAUCUCACCAACGGCACCUUACAGAUGAACUUCUUCGAGGACCACACCAAAAUCAUCCUGUGUCCUCUGAUGGGAGCCGUCACCUACAUUGAUCAACAGCGCAACUUCCGUACCUUCAAACUAGCCCUCAUUCAAGAGCACGGCUGCAGUGCAGACCUUGCCAGUCGCCUGAAGUAUGCGCGCAACAUGAUCCAGAAGAUGGUCACCUCGCGCUCCCAUGCAGACUCGGCAGCCAGCAGUGCUGCUGCUGCCGCUGCUGCAUCUGCCAGUGCAAGCAGGAGUGUCAAGAGCACUGGACCUAUGGCAUGAGCAGUACUUAUCUCUUGUCUUAGCAGGGCUUGUCUGGCGUCUCUGUUGUGGUGGCAGUACUUGUCUGGCGUCUCAGCAGUGGUGGGAGGGCUAGUCUCGUCUCUGCAGUGGUGGCAGGGCUUGCCUAGCCUCCUAGUAGUGGUGACAGGGCUUCUCUAGCGUCCUAGCAGUGGUGGCAGGACCAUUAUGUCGUUUUUGCAGUGGUGGCAGGGCUUGUCUGUCGUCUCGGCAGUGGUGGCAGGGCUUGUCUGUCGUCUCUGCAGUGGUGGCAAUGAUUGUUUGUCGUCUCGGCAGUGGUGGCAGGGCUUGUCUGUCGUCUCGGCAGUGGUGUCAGGGCUUGUCUGUCGUCUCUGCAGUGGUGAUGAAGCUGGUCUGUCGUGUUAGAAGUGUAGACUGUGCUGGUCUGUCUUAGCAGGAGCAGCAGUGCUGGUCUGUCUUAGCAGCAGUGCUGGUCUGUCAUUUUGAUAGUGACAGCUGUCACUGUCAUCUUAAACCGUGACGACAGUGCUAGUCUGUAAUAUUCGCCCCUGACGACAGUUCAGGUCCGUCAGCUUUGAGGUAUCAUUAUUGUCAUCAUUGAGAGAAAUGUCCUUUUGUUGGCAUUGUCGUUUUUUAAGUACUAUCUCUGAACAAUAUUUUCUGACGAAGAUAAAGACUGGAAUAGAUUAGUUUUGUUUGAUCGAAAUUGGCAUUCUAAAAAAUUUAGAUUUUAUGACGUCAAGGAUGGGAAAGUAUUUUGAUCCGUCAUGGUUAAUGUAAAGUCGUUGGUGUGGGGCGGUUCAUGGAACCUAAGGCUUCAUAAUAUUUGAUUCAGUUGCAUUGGCCAUGUUUUCCAUUAUAGGAUAGAGCAUUUUUUUGUCACUUUUUGUUGCAGCUACGUUUACUUGCACUGUGUAGCCUGUAGUGACAGUGCCGGGCAAUUGGCUGGAUUUUUUUGCCAAAUUGUCGUGUUAUAUUUUGUUCGAAUUGUCGCAAUUAUAGCUGUUGGAAAACACAUCAUGUGCUGACAGCGUUGCUACAUACAAUCAGCUUAGUACACCUUCAGCAUGCUGCAUAGAACAGCAUGUUUUGCAGUGGGAAUUGGGUGAGUUGUAACUCAGUUGCAGAUGUUCAAACGUCAAAUAAUAAUAUAACGUCAAAAAAUAAUAACCAUGGCUCGAAGGCCAAUAGCUUUUCUAAGGAACUGUGGUAUUUGUACACGUCAUAAAAAUACGUGAGAAAGAAGAACAUUACUGUGGGGGGCGUUCAUUCUUUUUCGUUAACUAGUGAAUAGGCAGGUAACAUGUGCUAUAUUUCCGAGUACUUAAAAGCCGAAUGUUGUUAUGCUCUAAAAUCUAUUUCACUGUUCGAUGUCAAAGGUAUUGAUGGUUCUUCAACGUGUUUGAAUCUUUUUCACCGUGAUUUGUCAAUGUGACGCGAUUUCUUCGAAACCAAUUAUUUAUUACUGUACUUUCUCCAUUUUAACUGCAGAAAGUCCGUCGCCUUGCUCCUUUUAUAUUCUAAUUCUCAAUCAGUCACUCCAGCUCGGUCAGGAAAAAAAAUUACUCCAGUUUUUCUGUGGUUAAAGGCUUUUUUCAUUUCGUGUAAUCUAGGUUUGUCUGAUAACAGCAGUGUGAUGCAUUUUAAAAUGAUUUCCACGCAAAACUUUAGUAAAUUUAAUGCCACUGACUUUGGCCUCAAAUUGUGAACUACCGGACAAGAUCUUUAAUAUACUUGCUGUGAUUGUAAUAACAGGGUUGAAGUCCAUUUAUGGUGUACCUCAUGAUAGUUAUCUUUCGAAAAUGUUCUUCCUGACUUGAUGAACGAAGUAAGUUGAAUUUGAAUGAAAGCGAAGUUGGAAUUUUCGAGUUGCCAGCUAAGCUUUACCCCAGAGUUUCAAUCGUAUUUUUUUUUACUUUCCACGGCGCGAUUGCUCUUAUGUUAGAUGGUCAAACAUGCCUAAGUAUGUCUUAUGUCGUAUAAAAUGAGCAUAUCUACGUAUAAAUCGUUGCCAAUAAAUAUGAUGCAUCUAUUCACAUGCUGCGCGACGACGCUCUUACUACUGUAUUUUGGAGCUGCAGUGCAGCUCGUGUUUUUUCCUUGCCUCAUUCUGUUUUUAUGCCUGCCAUGAACUGUAGAUAUUGACAUGCACCCUUUAAUUCAUUCGUACACCAUAAUAAUAUUCAUUUUAGUAAAAUUUGUCUUGUGUUUCUUUCGUAUAGGCGAGCAAGCUUCUGGUGUAGAGGUCUUUGACUUUUAUAGCAAGAUUUUGGAUGGCGUAAGUAAGGCGACAUUAUUGUCAUUCCUAAUCAAAGGCGAGACUAACCUUGUUUUUCCGUAUUAUCUCUUGAUUUUUGUUCUGAUUUGUGUUUAUUUGUCCGUAGAAUAUAAGUUUGCCAUUACAUCUUGCUGUGAGCUGUGCUGGAAUUGAUGUUGUGCUUGCUGUUGUCAAUUAAUUUCUGGCCUGCAAUUGAUUAAUCCGAAGCCGCUGAUGUUUCACUAUUGGUUCAUUCUUUAGCUCUUCAUAAUUGAUCAAUCAUUAGAUAGUCUAGGUCACAGGUCACGAUAAAUAGACAUCGUUUUUUACAAAGAUGUCAUUUUUACAUUCAGAGUAAGUUACUAAUUCUUUAAUUUUGUCGUUUGUCAAACAGAAAAUUCACUCGACAGGUUUCGUUUCUUGCACUUGUGUUCAAUUUGCUAGGUUGUUUUUAGCCAACUUAUAUUAGUCAUCUUCUGUUUGCACAACUUGUACAUAAAUGUUUUUCAGUUGGAGAUGUCGUACAAAUAUUGUGGAGGGAAUGGAAUUUUUGUAGGAAAUCAAAAAUAGACUUGGUAAGGACUUACCUGAAUAUUCAUCCAAUUCUCCGUGUGUAUCGUGUGUGAAUCAAGCCUUCCUGCUCUACAUCUUAAUCUCAAGCCGCAUCAAUAAUCCCUUCAGAUAUAAGGUACAUUCCAGAGUAUAGGGCGUUCAUUUGUUCUAUGUUACUAGUAAAUGAAUUUCAUUAGUAAUUACUAGUGGGAGUGAUUACGUGGUUUCUUUACACAAGUAAAGGCAUCGCCAGAUCUCUGGACAAUGUUUCCAAUUAGACUUGCUACCAUAAUCUUUCAAUAAGAUUAUUAAAAUAUGACUGGAAUUAUGGUUAGAUUUUAAUCCUAUCGCAGAUUAUCCAUUUUAACCAGUGACUGCAUUUUUGAAUUCUUACGAUGGUCGGAUGAACUAGAAUGAUCAUUAAUUAUAAUCAGAGUAUAAUUAAUGAAUAUUUGCGUGCUAUGAUCUUGGUAUUCUUGGAUGAAUUUAACUUGAUACAUCAAACUUUGAAUAGUAACGAAAGAAAAUAAUUAAUUCUGCCCAUAUUGCCUGACAUAUCAUAAACCCUAUUCAUAGUUUCAUGUUAAUCUACUGAUUAUGAACUGUAUUGUUUCCAACCUCGCGUAAUUUUGUGUCGAGCAAUUUUAUAAUUAAUCGUUCUCGGCUAAUAAAGACUGAAUAUCAGUAUUAACAGAAUAUUAUACGAGGCCUUUGACUCGCGUCAUCUUCUUCGUGGACACGCUCACCUUAAAUUUUCUGUUCGCAUAAAACUCGAAUUUUGGACAGGAUCUCAUUAUGUUGUCUCUUUUGUUUUCGACUCGUUAAGCUAAAAAUGUUCUUUUUCUUCAGUUGCUUUUGCUGUUUUGGGAAACAAAUUUUAAUUCUUCAAGCCCAUUGCAAUAAAACGCUCUUAUUUUUGAACAAAGCGCAAAACCCACAACCUUGCCUAUCAAAUGCCGUAAUAUAAAUACCCAUUAUUUUGACCGACUAACCGUCUCUAUCAACACUAUUAACACUUAGAUUUUGUCAACUUGACUGUUUUUUGGUAGAUAUUUUUAGUUCGAUACCUCUGAGGAAUAUCACAAAUUGGAUCUCCGUAUGAACCUUAAUGCAUAUAACAUAUUCAUUAUAUGAUUCUUCAGAAGAUUGUUCAUAAACUUGUAUUCCAUCAUGCACGAUUCCAUUUUUUUCAUUUUUAGUUCGAUACCUUCGAGGAAUAACACAAUUGGAUCUCAGUAUGAACCUUAAUGCAUACCGGUAUAACAUAUUCAUUAUAUGAUUCUGUAGAAGAUUGUUCAUAAACAUGUAUUCCAUCUUGCACGAUUCCAUAUUUUUCUUAGGUUUUAUUUGUUCAGUAGAAUCGAAGUAAGGCAUUGUACCAGUGAAUGUGUGUGUAGAGAAAGACGUAUUUCCACGCUGCUACUGCAGAUCUAAUUGAAAUAUUUAAUGAAAUGUAAUAUUUCUGUUAUUUCUCACGGAUUCUCACACACAAUAACACUAUCUCGAAAAUACCUAGCUUUGGAACUCUGGUCAUUGCACAACCAACCAAUUUCUUCGUGGUAAUAUGAACAAGAAUAUUGCUUCUAAUGACUGACGUCGCACUCCUGAAUUUGUUAAAGAAGAUUGUUCUAAGCUGACGUUAUUUCACAUGCUGGUUUAUUGUGGAUGAAUGUAGCGAGCUGCAUUGUAUCUUAAUCGUACGGUAAAUAGUUUGGAAAGAAUACUGUGAACUACAUCCCUACACAUCUCCAUCGCUUCUGGAAUUUAUGUGCGUUUGUUCAUUGAAAAAAGAAAACCUACGUACAAGGUCAUAAGCAGUGAUUGGGGCAUGAAAAUUAUUUUUCUGAGAUUUCUUUUCUAUUGAGUUUCAAGGCUUGAUUUUAGUUAUUAAUCACGUAUAACGCUAACAAUGGGUUGAAAUUUUAGCACAGCUCUCCUCUCUGUAGUGUUUGGAACUGCUCGUUUUUUUUUUUUAUUGCGCCAUGUAUCUUACUUUACGGUUAGCCUAUUGUAUCAUAUCCUCUUGAAAUAUAGAUGGAGCCUUUUUUA